AUGGUAGAGUUUGCCAUCAACAACUCGGUGCAUGCGUCCACGACACAUACACCGUUUUACGUGAAUGGCUUGCGCCAUCCGCGUGUACCCACCUUACUAGAGUGUAACUCUGGUUUAAGGGGGGGAGGGACUCGCGCGAGCAAAAACCGAUUUGGUUCACGCUCAUCACGCUCUGAAGAAGAAGUCAUUGCGUUUGAUGCCGAUAUCGAUAACAUCAAUAUCGAAGAAGAUGAUGCCAGUGAGAGUGCGGAAGCCCUCACUGAAGAAGAUGAUCCCAGUGAGAGUGCGGAAGACCUCACUGAAGAAAAGGUUGAUGUUGCUGCAGUGCGCUCACAGCACACUGAAGCCAACGAGCCAUCAGAUGAGUUCAUACUGGCUCGUGAAACGGUAGUCCGUUUUGUGCAAGACUCCAUCGCCGAAGCGGUGGAUAAGCAAAAGCAAAACGCUGACAAGAAUGGAAGGGCAAACACUCUUUUAUUUAAUAAAGGUGACUUAGUCCUAUUGUCUACGGUUAAUCUACCAAAGCAUGUAGUGACUAACUUGGGUAGCAGUAAACUACUACCCAAGUACAUCGGCCCAUUUCGUGUAUUGCACCGCCUAGGCAAUGCAUACACGAUCGAGUUACCACGUAAGAUGCGAACGCAUCCCACGUUUUACGUUGGUCGGCUUAAGCCGUACCAUCAGUAUCAUCUUCAUCUUCCGAUGAAGAACGCCCUUGCGCUCAAGCAUCUCGCAGAGAGCCUUGUGCUCCCGAUGGUGGGCAUCAACAAGGGUCUGAAGAGCAGUUAUCUCAGCCCGAGACCGAUCAACAAUCCCACGAGCUACCCUUAG